AUGACCGAGAUGCGCGUGAACGAGACUCAGGAAGAUUUGACCAACCGUACCGGAACCUCCACAUCUGCCGACAGACCUAAAAAGCCCGCGGUCACCCGGCGCAUGUCCUCGACAAGACGGAUUCCACAUAAGGGCCAGCAAUUCUCGGCUGACGAUGGACUCAAUGAAGUCGAGGAAGAUGCGGCUCAAUAUGCACCUAUCUCCCAGGCGUCUCCAAGAAUUCGCCCACCAGCACGCAGCCCGAACCUUCAACGACGGCCCAGCGCGAGGCCCACUCCGGUGACACGAGCAGACUGGGAAAAUGCGAGUAUGGAGAACCUCGACCUACCAAACCCUGGUCUGGAUGCUUCUAUUCCGUCUCUCAGAGAGUCUCAAGGCGGGAGCGAUCGCGGCGAUGGGGAUGAAGACGAAGACGACGCUCACGAAGUUGACGAUGAGGAUGAUGACAGUGACGCAGCAAGCUUUACCCUCAAGGACCGACAACAAGCUAUCAAUGAUACCCAUCCUUUUGGACUGAGGAUCUGGAAACCCGCUUUGUACAAGAAGAAUCGAUCUGUGGAGAAGACUGCGGAGGGUGAUAUUCAUUCGUCGCCUGGGGCACCCGGCUCCCGCGUAAGCCCCAUGAUAUUUCUGAGCAAUGUUGUAUGGUCCCUAGUCUUUGGGUGGUGGCUUGCUCUCGUCGCGUUGCUGGCUGCGGUAGCGUGUUUCUUCUUCGCCUAUUCCUCCAGUGCUGUCGCCUAUGGAAGAGUGUUCUCGGGGCUCUCCAGAUAUCUCCUCUAUCCAUUUGGGUCUUUUGUUCUUCUAAAAACAGAUGACGCCUACGCGGAAGAGGACGAGGGAGAAGGCCGCAGCAUCGGCGAAUACGAACGGUGGCAGAAUGGCGAGGACUUGGAGGAAGGCGUGACCCGACUGUUUUUUGGUCCCGAAAGUAAUCGGUCUCUUAUAGGCCGUCGCAGAAACACUGUGGACUCGGCUGGUGAGCAGGAUAGUCUGCUCGGUCGGCCGCAACGAGGCCGGCGGGAUGACUCGCAACAGGGCCCCCCGAAGCGUCGCCUAUUUGGCCGUGGAGAGUGGACUUUGGGUCGGGUGGUCUUCUUCAUCUUCUUCUAUUUCCUCGUGGGGCCCUUGAUGCUUCUUGUUUCCCUGGUAUGUUGGCUGUUAGUAUUUUGGAUCCCCAUGGGCCGUGUCACAUUAAUCCUGGCGAGCCAUCUGCGACGCCAUCCUCUCGCCCUCUCGUUUCACUCUGAUACUUCUUAUGCUCGACUCAGCACUGGAUUCUCCUCUCCAUCCAUUCUUCUCUGCACUUACCGAGCAGCAGGUUCCAGAUACUGGAAGUACACGAUUGACGGUACUAACAUCUUCUUCAUUAACCUCCUGAGCGUGGUCGUCUUUGUGAUCGCCGACUUCCAUAUUCUGGACCGACUUUUGGGGGUGCAAUCCUGGGUAACACACCCAGGCCUUAUUUUCACCUUGUCCUUGUUUUCGAUCAUCCCGUUGGCCUAUUUCAUUGGACAGGCUGUGGCUUCGAUUUCAGCCCAGUCUUCGAUGGGGCUAGGUGCCGCCAUCAAUGCGUUUUUCUCAACGAUCGUGGAAGUUUAUCUUUACUGCGUGGCCUUGACCGAGGGCAAAGCUCAACUGGUUGAGGGCAGUCUUAUUGGUAGCAUCUUUGCCGGUAUUUUGUUUCUGCCGGGCCUGUCCAUGUGCUUCGGUGCUAUCAAACGCAAAACCCAGCGGUUCAAUGUGAAAUCUGCUGGGGUGACCUCGACGAUGCUGCUUUUCGCUGUUAUCGCGGCUUUUGGGCCUACGCUCUUCUAUCAAGUGUUUGGCAGUCACGAGAUCAAUUGCCAUGCCUGUAACGGAGUAUUUGAUAUCGGAGAAGACAGAGACUGCCGCCAGUGCUUUUUCACUCAAUCUGCCGCUAUUCAGGAUACCUUUUUCCAAAAGGCUGUCCAGCCUUACGCCUGGAUUGCAGCGGUGUCUCUUUUUCUGUCUUACGUCAUCGGUCUUUGGUUCACUCUCAGAACCCACGCUGCUUUGAUCUGGGCAGAACAUGAUGAGAAAAAACCUAUCCAAGAUUCAAUCCACAGCGCCGUAUUGCCUGAAGCAUCAGGGGCCAUCCGGGACGCUCACAGUUACAAAAGAGUCUAUAAUAAAUCGCUGCAACAUCUCAAGUCCGAUGCCAGGCGUGCAAACAAUGCAGAAAGGGCCGAGGACGAACUUCGGAGUCAUACACCUCAUCUAGUUCCUCCAUCCACGAAUUGGGAUGGACGGACAAAUGCAACUAGCACCCCUGGCCUCAAUGAGGAACAAACCGAUGGCCUCGCCCCCCAUCUAGCGGCUGCAGAGGUCGCAGCGGGGACUAUCCGUGACAACGCUCGAAACCGUAAACUUUCGGGGCAGCAGACUAUCGGACGUCAUGCGGGUCGGACUGCUGCUGCUCAGGCAGUUCAAUCUGGCGAAGAGUCCGGAGAUCUUGGUGUGCCCGUAGAGCCUGCUCAAUCGAGCGGCGGCCACGACGCACCGAACUGGAGCAAAACUAAGAGUUCAGUUAUCCUCCUCGGAGCAACUAUCCUCUAUGCAAUCAUUGCGGAGAUUCUGGUUGACACUGUCGAUGUGGUGCUGGAGAGUGUAGAUGUUGACGAGAAGUUCCUCGGUAUCACACUCUUCGCUCUGGUUCCCAACACGACUGAAUUCUUGAAUGCCAUUUCAUUCGCUAUGAACGGCAAUAUUGCACUGUCUAUGGAAGUCGGCUCUGCUUACGCCCUGCAGGUCUGCAUGUUGCAGGUACCUGCCCUGGUUCUCUUUAGCGCUUAUUACUCGAGCUCCGUAGACCCAACCGAACUUGCAUCGCACUCAUUCAACCUCAUCUUUCCACAGUGGGACAUGAUCACUGUAAUUCUCUGCAUCUUCUUACUGUCGAAUGUCCACGGAGAAGGCAAGAGCAAUUACUUCAAGGGCUCAGUUCUUGUCCUCACAUAUCUCUUCGUUGUCAUUGGAUUUUACCUGUCUGGCUACAGCAACAUGAACUCCAUGGGUGUAAAUCGAUUUGACACGCUGGCCCUUGAUGCCAAUCGCUCCCAAAAGUUUUACACUAUUGGUCGCGCCGGCUCCGGGGCCGCUUACUAG